GGCGGCUGGCGCUCCCCGGCUUCCGCGCGCCGCGCCCUUGCGGCCGCGGAGGCGGAGUCAGCCAAGGGCUGCGAGAGGUUUUCGGGAAAGUUGAAAUUAAGCCCAAGGUCAGGCUCGGAGAGUCUGGUAUUCUCCACGCUUCUCUAAAACGCGGUGGCAGCGCAUGAAGAGGAUCUGGUGCCACGGCGUGACGCGGGAGCGGGUAGCCGCGGUGGAGAGUCCGUGCGUCUCCAGAACAGGUCGCCAGACAAGCCGAGCGGUUCCAGACCCGCUCACUAGGCGGCGCGCGCUUGAAGCCCUCCUGCAGCCCAGACCUGACAGGUGACCGAGCACCGGGCGGUCCGUAGAGGCCCGGAAGCGCGACCUUCGUGACAGAUCAUCCUGCGUUUGUCUUUAUUGUUGACUCAAAGGAGCAAGGACCGCCUGCGCCCUGUGAGCCCCCAGGUUCGGGAUGUGGGAGGCACUGGCCUCACAUAUUCCCCGGGAAAGGCGAACAGAGCCGGAGAAUCUGAGCCUAGAAAGUUAAGUCCUCGCUGAUGUGCUGACUGUUCAUCACCAGGUGAUGGCGCUCCGCACGGAACGAACUGUGCACGUAGACAUCCCGGGAAGCCCCCCACCCUCCUCCAUGUGCUCUGUAUAGCGAACGAUCGCCUUCCGACAGCGUCAGAAAGUGGAGUGUUGAUGUUUGGGGGCAAGGACCGUUUCAGGUCUAGGGAUAGGAAGGAACUUUGGGAUUUUCUUGUAUGCACAUGUUUUCUUCACUGUAACUUUUUCAUUAAUUAGUUUUUAAAAAGACCACAUCUUUGGGCGUUUGCUGGUGAAGAGGGCUGUGGAAGGGAAUAACGGAAUUAGUUGUCCUGAAACGGACCUCCACUGUGAGAUAUGGCCGGCCUCUCUUCCUCUGCAGCCCAAGGGCAGCAGAACCCAGCCCACUAUUACAGGGCCUUUCCUUCUCCACCCCGUUAUCCUUCCAAGCUACCCGCAUUUACAGUUUCUGCCGCAUUCACGUUAGCCCACGAUCAUCUGCAGACAUAUGGAUCUCUUCUCUGUAUUGAUGGAGAUGUUGGGAAAAAACCCUCUAGGUGUGAAUACAUCAAAUUCAAUGCAUAUUUAUUGGGUGCUUACUCUGUGUAAGAGACUGGGCUAAGGAUUGAAGGUUACAAAGCCCCAGAUCUAGAGAAUAAGAAAGAGUAAGUUUUCUACUCAAUUCUAUUGUGAACCUGAAACUGCUGUAAAAGAAUAAAGUCUAUAAAAAAGAAGGAAGGAAGGAAGAAAGAAUAAGUAAAUGCCAAGAAAAAAGAAUAACCCAGUGUCCUGGGCUCCAGGCAAAAGAAGAAUCCAUCAUGUCUGCAGUCACUGGGGGAUGCUUUGCCGAGUGUCAUUUGAGCUGAGUGUGACUAGGAUUAAUGCAAGUAAAGGAGGAAGGACAUUCCAGGCAGUGUGAGCAAAGGCAUGCUUUUCCUCCAAAUGCCAUCACUGUAUUUUUUUACUGCAGUUUGGUGACUAUAUUCUUCACAGUAAUCAAAUUGGUCAGUUAUCGCCUACACCUCAUGUUUGAUAAAGGAGAACUGAUUCAGCAAACGCCCUCCAGAAAGAAAGAAAAGCCAGAUAAAGACAAAGAGGCCAACAGUAACCACAUAACUAAUCACAAAAAUCCAAGCAAUAAUGGGCAGAUAAACCAUGGCAAAAAGGAAGAGGCCAGUCGAACCCUUGCCACGCCUCCCCUCCGCUGCAGCUCCAGAGGACAGAGCAUAAACUCUCAUCACUCUUCUGGGCUCCUGGGGCUCCCGGCACAGGAAACAGUGGAAGAUCUCAAAGGUGUCAUUCUGUCAGAGGACCAGCCCGGAGCACCAGUGUCAUCUACCUCACCUGGCGUCAAAACGGAAAGCUUACCUGUUUCUAAAGCCAAUGCGCGAGAAACCACGACCACACCGGCAAGGCCAGUGACGCCAGCCAUGGCAGAACGGCGCAUCGGUGAUCAAGGGAAGGGACGGCCCCCUUUCCACCACAGAUCCGAGGGCGGCUUGGUGGAUAAAGAAGCCUUGAGGAAGUCACCACACCUGUCUCUGUCUCAGUACGACUUGCUGGAGACCGAUGUUUCUUUCCAGCCUUGGGGGAGUGAGAAUUCAGUCCUGACGCCAGAUCCUGGACAUCACACCUGGGACUCCAUACGGGAGCGGAUGCAGAGCCAGGCAUCUCAGGACAGCCUGAGCAGCAGCUGCCCCCAGUGUGACACCGUUAUCGCCAAACCUGUGCAGGAUGCUGCGGCGGCUUCCCAGCAGCUGCACUGGCCCGUGAACCAGGAUGUGGACUACUCAGGCAGUGAGGUCGCCGUCACUCUGAUAGACACUUCUCAGCCUGGAGACCCGCUGAGUCUGCACGAACCCAUUAAGAUUGUCAUCACCAUGAGCAGUACCCAGAACUCCAUGACAGAUUUGGAGAGCUCGCUCCACCUGAAGGUGAUUGGCACCGAGGGAACUGGUUUAGAGUCCGAUGCACAGUCAGCUACCCCAGGGGUGGCUGGUCCUCCAAACGUGGAGCAGAUGAGAAUUCCUGUCAUCACUCUGGAGCUGUCUGAGGAUGGAGGAGGAGGCAUCGUGUGUCCUGAAGGCACUGGCGGGGACAGGACUCCAGAGAGACUGAUGGCAGAACCUCCCUCCAAUCAGUGUUCUGGCUAUGAAUCUGGGGAGGGGGGCAAUGCCGCCAAGGACUGCAGUCCUUCGCCAAGAGACCACAGUGCGACAACCCCUCCACCCACAACUAAUGUGGUCUCGGACUCUCCGGGGGCAGUGGAAGGCCAGGCCACCCUCGACCCAUCAUCUUGUAGAACCAGCCAUGAAAAGAGACACGCCCGGGUCCUCAGUGUAGACAGUGGGACCGAUGUCUUGAGCAAAAGUUCCGCAGACAUUAUUAGUGAUAAAGAGAAAACUAUACCAACUUCCAAAUCAGACCUAGAGGCCAAGGAAGGACAAAUGCCAAAUGAAUCCAACUUCCUGGAAUUUGUCUCCCUGUUAGAAUCAAUUAAUACUUCCAAGGGGGUGGCAUCUGACCAAGGGAGUGAGCCAGCAGAGCAGACCAAAGACAGCGGGCUUCUCGGAGAUGAUCGUUCCCAGGAGAAAAAGGAGGAAAUCCUGGAAAGUGAAAAGCCCAGUGGACACAGUGCUAAGCAAGGAAAAUCAGACAUACAAAGUCAAGACCACACCAGUACCAGCCCCGGACUCACUGAGCCCGCCAAGAUCCCGACCCUUUUCCAGGGCAACAGACAAAGACAGAUAAUCUACAGGGUAACUUCCCAACAAGAUAGCUCUGUGUUGCAAGUCAUCAGUGGGCCUGAAACGUCGGUGCAAGAUGAGAUGUCUGUGGAUGCUAUGCAUGUCUUCAUUGAUGAACAUGGGGAAAUUAAAUCCUGUUACUUAAAGUCUGGCAAUCAGAAAGAAGGUCCUUUCCAGCAUCACUCAUCAAAUUAUGACGGCUUCUCUCACGCUCGGGACAUACAGAUCAGCUCCUCCAGUACCACCACGUCCGAGAGUCAAGACCCUUCUUCCGGGGACCCCACGGUCAGUGCCCUUCAACAGCAGCUGUUACUGAUGAUGGCUCGGAGGACCCAGCCAGAAACCCCACGGCACUUGAGUCAGGAUCUGGAAGACUCGUCACGUUCUUCCACACAAGGAAAAUUUAACCGAGAGCAGUUUUACAAGUUCAUCAUUUUCCCUGGCAAGUGGAUUAAGGUCUGGUAUGAUCGCCUUACCUUGUUGGCGUUGCUUGAUCGAACUGAAGACGUCAAGGAAAACGUGCUGGCGGUUCUACUCAUCGUCCUGGUUUCCCUGCUGGGAUUUCUGACAUUGAACCAAGGCUUUUGCAAAGACAUAUGGGUCCUCCUCUUCUGCCUUGUCAUGGCCAGCUGCCAGUAUUCCCUGUUAAAGAGUGUUCAGCCCGACCCUGCCUCCCCCAUACAUGGACACAACCAAAUCAUAACGUAUAGCAGACCAGUCUAUUUUUGUAUGCUGUGUGGCCUUAUUUUGCUCCUUGAUGCAGGGGCCAAAGCCAGGCACCCUCCCACUUAUAUUGUCUAUGGCCUGAAGCUCUUCUCUCCAGAGAUGCUCCGGUCAGCUAGGGACCUUUUAAUAGUAUUUUUAUAUUGCUUCCCUGCCAUUUCACUCCUUGGACUCUUCCCACAAAUCAACACUUUCUGCAUUUAUCUCUUGGAGCAAAUCGACAUGUUGUUUUUUGGAGGUUCUGCCGUCUCGGGGAUGCUGUCGGCUGUGUACAGCGUGGCCCGGAGCGUCUUCGCUGCUGUGGUGCUGCACGUGCUCUGCUUCAGCGCCGUCAAGGAACCCUGGAGCACACAGCACAUCCCAGCGCUCUUCUCAGCCUUCUGUGGCCUCAUGGUUGCACUCUCCUAUCAUCUGAGCAGACAGAGCAGCGACCCCUCUGUUCUCCUGUCCUUUAUUCAAUGCAGAUUGUUUCAUAAACUUUUACAUCAAAAUCUGGAAGAGUCGCCUGAAGACCCUCUCCCCAAGAAGAUGAAAGAUUCUGUGAAGGACGUCUUGAAAUCAGAUCUGCUCAUCUGCUCGGUGGCUGCGGUCCUGUCGUUUGCAGUCAGCGCCAGCACUGUGUUCCUGUCCCUGCGACCGUUUCUCAGCAUCGUGCUGUUCGCCCUGGCCGGCGCGGUGGGAUUUGUAACCCAUUACGUGCUCCCCCAGCUCCGCAAGCACCACCCGUGGAUGUGGAUUUCACACCCCGUCCUUAAAAACAAAGAGUAUCAGCAGCGGGAAGUGACAGAUGUCGCCCAUUUAAUGUGGUUUGAAAGACUCUAUGUUUGGCUUCAGUGUUUUGAAAAAUAUAUCUUGUACCCAGCAGUAAUUUUGAAUGCCCUCACUAUUGAUGCAUUUGCAAUAAGCAAUUACCGGAGACUUGGUACCCACUGGAACAUUUUCCUGAUGGUCAUCGCCGGCAUGAAACUGCUGAGGACGUCUUUCUGUAACCCAGUCCACCAGUUUACUCACUUGGGCUUCACUGUGAUCUUUUUUCAUUUCGACUACAAAGAUAUUUCUGAGAGUUUCUUACUGGAUUUCUUCAUGGUGUCCAUCUUACUGAGCAAGCUCGGGGACCUGCUCCACAAGUUACAGUUCAUCAUGACGUAUGUGGCUCCUUGGCAGAUGGCUUGGGGUUCUUCGUUUCACGUGUUCGCCCAGCUCUUUGCCAUCCCCCAUUCGGCCAUGCUCUUCUUCCAGACGUUUGCCACAUCCAUCUUUUCCACCCCACUGAGCCCAUUUCUCGGGAGUGUCAUUUUCAUCGCCUCGUAUGUCAGGCCAGUGAAAUUCUGGGAGAAAAACUACAAUACAAGGCGUGUGGAUAAUUCCAACACAAGGCUGGUGGUCCAGAUUGAAAAGGAUCCAGGGAAUGAUGACAACAAUCUCAAUUCCAUCUUUUACGAGCACUUGACGAGGGCCCUGCAGGAGUCCCUCUGCGGAGACCUGGUCCUCGGCCGCUGGGGGAACUACGGCUCCGGCGACUGCUUCAUUCUGGCUUCCGACUACCUCAACGCUUUUGUUCACCUGAUUGAAAUCGGCAAUGGUCUCGUCACCUUUCAGCUGCGGGGACUGGAAUUCCGAGGAACCUACUGCCAGCAGAGAGAGGUGGAGGCCAUCAUGGAAGGCGACGAGGAUGACAGAGGCUGCUGCUGCUGCAGACCGGGUCACCUGCCCCACCUGUUGUCCUGCAAUGCCGCCUUCCACCUCCGCUGGCUCACCUGGGAGAUCACGCAGACGCAAUACAUCCUGGAGGGCUACAGCAUCAUGGACAACAACGCGGCCACCAUGCUGCAGGUGUUUGACCUCCGAAGGAUCCUCAUCCGCUACUACAUCAAGAGUAUAAUAUAUUACAUGGUGACGUCCCCUAAACUGCUCUCCUGGAUCAAAAAUGAAUCACUUCUGAAGUCCCUGCAGCCCUUCGCCAAGUGGCAUUACAUUGAGCGUGACCUUGCAAUGUUCAACAUGAACAUUGAUGAUGACUACGUUCCGUGUCUCCAGGGGAUAACGCGGGCCAGCUACUGCAACGUUUACCUGGAGUGGAUUCAGUACUGUGCACGGAAAAGGCAAGAGCCCUCGAAGAACCUGGACAGUGACGAGGACUCUCCCCUGGUGACGCUGUCCUUUGCGCUCUGCAUCCUGGGGAGGAGAGCCCUGGGAACAGCAGCACACAACAUGGCCCUCAGCCUGGAUUCUUUCCUGUACGGCCUCCACACCCUCUUCAAAGGUGACUUCAGAAUCACAGCGCGAGACGAGUGGGUGUUUGCAGACAUCGACCUGCUGCACAAAGUUGUCGCCCCGGCUCUCAGGAUGUCCCUGAAGCUGCACCAGGACCAGUUCACUUGCCCCGACGAGUAUGAAGACCCGGUGGUCCUCUAUGAGGCCAUCCAGUCCUUUGAGAAGAAGGUGGUGAUCUGUCACGAGGGUGACCCGGCCUGGCGGGGAGCCGUACUGUCCAACAAGGAGGAGCUGCUGACCCUGCGGCACGUGGUGGACGAGGGCGCGGACGAGUACAAGGUCAUCAUGCUGCACAGAAGCUUCCUGAGCUUCAAGGUGAUCAAGGUGAACAGAGAGUGCGUGCGAGGACUCUGGGCAGGGCAGCAGCAGGAGCUCAUAUUCCUCCGCAACCGCAACCCGGAGCGCGGCAGCAUCCAGAACAACAAGCAGGUCCUCCGAAACCUGAUCAAUUCCUCGUGCGACCAGCCCCUGGGGUACCCCAUGUAUGUCUCCCCGCUCACCACAUCCUACCUAGGGACCCACAGGCAGCUGAAGAAUGUCUGGAGCGGACCCAUCACUCGGGACGGCCUCAGGGCGUGGUUCCGAACCAAGUGGCUGAGAAUGCUGAAGGAUGGCGGUGCUGGCUGCCAAGGCGCUGGCAACAUUGAGGAUGUGGACGGAGGAGGCGCCCCACCCACGGGUGGCAGCAGCGCCCCCAGUGGUGAGAGCCGGGAGAGCAGCACCGAACAGCCCCGAAAAGAUGGACCUCGCCACUGGUCACCCCGCGAAGGGCCACGGAGGACAGGCAGGAGGAAAGGCAGGAGUCGGUCUGUCCAGGCCUCCGGGGCCUUGAGCCAAACGCCACCUGUCCUGCGCUCGUCCGGCCCCCUGGUGGAGGGCCACCCGGCCUUCCUGCAGACAUCCACGUCGGUCCACGAGCUGGCCCAGAGGCUCUCGGGCAGCCGGCUGUCCCUGCACACCUCGGCCGCGUCCCUGCACUCGCAGCCCCCGCCUGUCACCGCCACUGGCCACCUGAGCGUCCGGGAGCGGGCCGAGGCCCUCAUCCGGUCCAGCCUGGGCUCGUCCACCAGCUCCACCCUGAGCUUCCUCUUCGGCAAGAGGAGCUUCUCAAGCGUUCUGGUCAUUUCCGGACUGUCCGCCGCAGAGGGUGGCAACACCAGUGACACCCAGUCAUCCAGCAGCGUCAACAUCACCAUGGGCCCUUCGGCCAGGGCCGCCGGCCAGUCUGCACGGCACUUCUCUGAGCCUUGUGACCCCACUGAGGCCACCACUGAGCAGGAGCCACUUCGAGACCGCCCUCUGGCUGGGGCCAGGGCGGAGAACCUCGGGAUGAUCUGCAGAAGAGCGAGCCAGGAGGACAUGGGCCUGGACGACACCGCCUCGCAGCAGAGCGCUUCAGACGAGCAGUAGCGGAGCCGCGGGGUUGGGGAGGGGCCGCGUGGUCGGGGAGGGAUGGAAUUUCCAGUUUUCUUUUUCUAAAAAGAACGGAUGAUGCGACCCUGGAGCUGUCCUGCAGAAUCUGAGAGCUGUGCAGAAAACAAACUUUCUCUUGGGUUCUCGAAAAACAUCUCACCUGACGCAAACAGGUCUUGACAUCAGGCCUCCUUGCUGCCAAGCACGGCCCUGGGCGCUCGCGGCCCCAGAGCGGGGUACGCGGGAGGCACAGAACACUUUCUAGUACUGGAAAAUUCAAACAAAAGCCAUGUAACAUCUUAAGACAUCUCAAGUAGAGCACAUAAAUAAGUCUUUCCCGCCCUGAGGAACUUAGACCGCUGCAUGCUGAACAACUGGCAUUUUAGGCGUUACGGUGACCGAGCCCACGCAGCACAUAUCACGCCAUCAGCUGGUCAAAUGCGCCGAUGUUCAAUCUACGUUUAGAGAAAAAUCUCACUUCUUUAUAAUAUUCAUGCAGAUGUUAAGCUUCACUGCAAGGAACGUGAUGGAGCAUGCAGUCACGUCCAAAGCAUCCUAUGGAAGAAGCCAACCGUCCCCAGCAACGUGAGCGCAGAAGUCUAGUCCGCGCGGGGCGUGGAGAGCCACCUCGGAAUGAUGUGCUUACUGCAGCCAGAGCGCCUUCCUGCCGGAAGCCAGGCCCUGGCUCGCCGGGGCUCCUGUGUACUUCCCAGGAACGUAGGCUUGUUUCCAAG